UGACUUGAUAACGUCACACGCUGUCGACACCGGCGAGCACCAUUACAACGGAUUGUGUGAAGCACCUUCGGAUUUAGCUGAAGUUUCACCGGCGUUGUUACCAUGGUCGGGAAGAUAAAACACGUCCGCCAGAAGCUCCACCAAGAGGCGGUGAGGCUCGAAAGGCCGAGCAGCCUCUCACAGAGGCCGGGCUCCGGGUUACCGCAGAGUUUAGAGAAGCCCCCUGCCUCGGAACUGCACAAAACAAGCGCCCCCAUUCUGGAGAAUAAGAAGACAGAGUCCUCCACCGACGCCGCACAGCCCCUGGGACAAAUCUCCUUCCCCUCUGGGAUUUUUGCCGGCACCAAGAUAACUGCAGAGGCCCUGGUACAGACGCUGAGGUUUGAGGAGCCUCCCGACGCACCUCCACCUGCUCGCACAGGCCCAGAAGAGAAGAAAGUCAAGUCAAAGAAGGAGAAGAUGAAGGAGAGGAGAGAGCGGUGGCUGAACAAGAUCAGCUCCAUUAAACAGGCCAAGGAGCAGCAGGCGGCCGAGGCUCGGCGGCAGGCCACGCCCGUGGUGGGGGACAUGAGGCCGCUGGCCGACGCCCUGCCGGAGCUGUCUCUGCUCGUCGCACCCCGCACCACGGCCCUCACCGCCCGCCGCAAGAGCAGGAAAAACAAAGUACCGGUGAAGAGGCCCGAACCGACAGAUUUCAGUCAGAUGAAACAGUCACAGAAACGCAAACUCCUGGAGACAGAGACCAGCCGGUUUAGCAACGCAGUCAAGACCCUCUCGGCCAAGAUGAACCCUCUGGCGGAUAUUGGCGAGCAGCUGAGGAAGAGGAUGAGGCAGGAAGAGGAGCAGGGUCCCAGCUAACAGCAGCACAGCCUCCACAGACCCCACCCAACAGACCCAAGGGGGCCCCGACCCCGGAGCAGCAGCAGCAGCAGGAACCCCGAUGCCCCGGGGGGCGCUCCCGUCUGAGGAGGCGGAGCAGGAAGGUGGUGUUUGUACACGCUGACUGUGACGGAUGUCCUCUCUCUUUUAAUCCCCAGCUUCCCUCUUCAGUAAUAAAUCUCGGUGCAUUCAACA